AUGGCAGCACAGGCAAAGGAUGACAGUGAAGAUGAGCAAGCUGCUGACCAGGCUAAGGCUAAGGUCAUCCAGCAGGCUGUGGUGGAUUAUCUCUGCCAUAUGCUUAGGCAGCCAGCCACUCUGGCUAAAAAGCCUAGGAUUUAUAAAUCCACUAAGUAUAUGGUCUUAGACUCUGAGAAAGGGUCCCCCACCAAGGAGAGCAGCUGCAGCGAGUCUAAAGCUAGCUACUCAGGUUCAGAUGUAGAUAGUGGCAGAGACAGCCCUAGCCCUGGUAAUAGGGGUCGUCGCCCUGGCUCUCCCCACAACAACAAUGAUAACAGUAAUGGGGAUGACCACAGCAGCAGUGGUCAGGGCCCUAGCUCUCAGGAUAAUAAUGAUGAUGAAAAGGUUGAUAAUGAUAAGCUACAGCAGUUAGAGCCAGUAUGCCCCCUAUAUUCAUUCCUUAUACUUCCCCUUAAUGUGGAUAUCAAGCUAACCUUAGGCUUUAGACUCAUGCGCGGCAGCUGGCGAGGCUGUAGAGAGUUGUUAGGGGCGGUGAUCUAA